AACCUGACCCUAAUGCCCAGACUUGUGAUGUGCCAAGAGUCCAAAGAAUCCCAUGUGGAGGCUUUGGUAUUACUGCCACUUCUUGUGAAACCAUGAGCUGCUGCUUCGAUGGCCGCAAUUGUUACUACCCAAAGUACCUUAUUACAAAGCCACAGCCUCCAGAAAAAGAGACACCAUUCCCUGUCAAACCUGGUGUGAGAGACCCUAACUUCGAGAGCUGUGACGUGCCAAGAGUCCAAAGAAUCCCAUGUGGAGGCUUUGGUAUUACUGCCACUUCUUGUAAAACCAUGAGCUGCUGCUUCGAUGGCCGCAAUUGCUACUACCCAAAGUACCAUAGUAUAAAUCCAAUAAUCACUGACCCUAACCCUUACCAACCUGACCCUAAUGCCCAGACUUGUGAUGUGCCAAGAGUCCAAAGAAUUCCAUGUGGCGUCUCUGAUAUAUCUCCCUAUGGGUGUGAAGCCAUUAGCUGCUGCUACGAUGGGCGGGAUUGUUACUAUGGGAAAAGUGUGACCAUCCAGUGCACCAAAGAUGCUCAGUUCAUUUUGGUAGUGGCCAGAGACGCCACUCUACCCAAUCUAGACAUUGGGUCGAUUUCAAUGUUGGGAGAUGGUCCUGAAUGCACACAGAUUGACUCCAAUUCUGCUUUUUCCAUCUACCAGUUUCCAGUGAGUUCCUGCGGUACCAUCGUUGCGGAGGUGGCUGGUAAAAUCAUCUAUGAGAAUAGGAUGACCUCCUCUUAUGAAGUUGGAGUGGGGCCACGAGGUGCCAUAACCAGGGACAGCAGCUUUGAUUUACUCUUCCAGUGUCGAUACAGCAGCACCAGUUUGGUGGAGAGUAUGAUUGCAGAAAUGCUACCAUUGCGGAGUUCUCCUUUCUCAGUCGCUGCUUUGGGUCCCAUCAACGUGCGGCUGAAGUUGGGUAAUGGACAAUGUUUCACGCAGGGUUGUAAUGAAGAGGAUGUGGCCUACAACUCUUUCUAUACGGAGUUUGACUACCCUGUGAACAAAAUCUUGAGGGACAACGUGUAUGUGGAGGUUCAACUUAUGGACAGGACUGAUCCCAAUCUUGUCCUGAACCUUGGGCGCUGUUGGACCACCACCACUGCCAAUCCGCAUAGCGAUCCUCAGUGGGACAUUAUCGUCAACGGGUGUCCAAACGUUGACGAUCGCUACAUAGCUACCCCGGUUGCUGUCUUCCCUGGCGACGGUGUGAAGUUCCCGGGUCACCACAGGCGCUUUAUAUUCAAAAUGUUAACCUUUGUUGACCACAACUCACUGCAACCCCGGAGUGAACAGGUGUACAUUCACUGUAGCACAUCUGUGUGUAACAUGGCUUCUGGCCAAUCCUGUGAGCCUCGAUGUUACAGGACGAAGAGAGAUGUGUCAUCUGUGAGCCAGAUGAAGGCGGAAACAAGGACUGUGGUUUCUGCUGGACCUCUGAUUAUGGUCAAACCCUGGACAGGACAUAGAAGAUAUGGCAAUUUGCUACAACCUUUUGAAAAAAAUGCAUUGUCUCGUGAUUAGUGGCACAGGACGACCAGUCUUAUGUGUUUUUUUUCCCCCACAUUGUGUCUCUGGUAAUGAUUUCCUGUAAUCAUAAUGUUCAACACAGGACCGAUGCACACGCCGAUUUUUAAACGAGGUGAGUUCGAUGAACAGCUCAAAGGAUUUUAAUAAGGCCAAAAGAAACGCUGUGAUGGUUUCACUAGCAGAUGAAAAUAAAUCCAGUGUUUCCCAUCUUUACUUUGCCAAGGAACCAAUGUUACAUUAUAAAAUAUGAUUACCAAACAAAAAUAUUACUGCAAUAAUUAAUUAACACAUUGUGAUGGCCCCAUGUAGAUACACAGGUUUAUCGUACCUAUUCCGAUUAAUGGAAGCACAUUUAAUUGUUUGGCCUGACACUAGCAUAGAAAAAUGAACAAAGCUGUAUCUGUAAUUCAUUCAUAAUAACUUGAGUGAAAUUGGAUCAUUCUUUUGGGGAAUCACGUAAUAAUAAUAAUGUAAUUUUAUAAGCUGCAAUAAAGGAUUUGUAUAAAACUGA